CCUCCCCUUAGCUGCCCGCCGCCCUGCCUGCGCCGCCUCCCCGCGCGCGUGGGACGCUCCCCAGGCCUCGAGCCAGGCCGAGCCGCUGCUUCUGCUUUCCAGCGUGCUAUUUGCAUCGUUCGGCAUUUGACUUCGGUUAAAGUCAGGACCUCCUCUAAGAAGGACUUGUUGGUUUUGGUCUUAAGUUUUUUGUUUGUUUCCAACAUGGCAGCCUCCAGCCGCGCACAAGUGUUAGAUCUGUACCGGGCGAUGCUGAGAGAGAGCAAGCAUUUCAGCGCCUACAAUUACAGAAUGUAUGCUGUCAGGAGGAUAAGAGAUGCCUUCCGAGAAAAUAAGAGUGUAAAGGAUCCUGUAGAAAUUCAAGCCCUGGUGAAUAAAGCCAAAAGAGACCUUGAAAUAAUCCGCAGACAGGUCCAUAUUGGCCAGCUGUAUUCGACUGACAAGCUUAUCAUUGAGAAUCAAGAGAAGCCCAGGACAUAGGAGCCCAACACUUGGAAACAGCCUCCAGCAGCAGAACUGACCACCUUCAGCAUCCAUUCUGUACGGUGUGGAAGCUCCCAGUACUAGCUGAACACAGCCUCUUGCUCUGCCUGCCUUGUAGGAGCUGAGAAACUGGGGCCCAUUUGCAUCCUGUCACAGCCAUAAUGGGAAGAUGGCUGCAACUCCUCAAUCCAGGCAUUAGAAUGAAGAGCUGGAGGCCACUCAGAAUAAAGCCAUGUGUUGUCGUGUCUCCUCUCCAUCCCCCAUCUUACAGAUCACCCAUGUGUAGAGCUUUUGCAGACUUUGUGUCUUAGUCCUUUAAAAUAAACAGAAUUAUCUCUCUGUCCUUUUGUACCAAAUAAACCCAUUAUAAUGAA